UCAGAUUGUUUCUGGGGGACAGGCGCAUCCAAAAAGUCAUCUUAAACCGGGAAUACUCAAGUUCCUAGUGGCCUUAAUAUCCAGAGCAAGAGAAAUUAUAGAUCCACAUGAAGUUUCCACGACAACAAACACCACAAGUCAUAAUGAUAAAGACUUUGCUAAAAAUGAAACAACUAACCCCAACAGUGAAGACGAAGUCAAUAUGGACAAUUCAACUAUCACAAACACAAACAAAACCUCGCACAGUGACAAUAACAGAAGCAUCAAUCAAAAUCACUCACCACCAGAGAACGAUACUUUAAUUAACCAAACCAGCGGUCCAGCCACUGACGUCAAUACAAAUGAUACAGCCAAACAUCAGAACAUAGAUCUCACAUCAAAACAGACUAAUGUAUCUUUGAAUUUGGACACUGAUAAGGCUGCGUUAGCUAAAAAAACAGCUAAUUUCAGUUCAGUAUCAGUUUCCACGGCUUUUAACGGCUCUUCAGUACUUAACCAACUCAGCAAUCCAGAAACUGGCGUCAAUACAAAUGAUACAGCCAAACAUCAGACCAUAGAUAGUCUCACAUUAAAACAGACUAAUGAAUUUUUGAAUUUGGACACUGAUAAGGCUGCGAUAGCUAACAAAACAGCUAAUUUCAGCUCAGUAUCAGGCUCUUCAGUACUUAACCAACCCAACAAUCCAGAAACUGAUGUCAAUACAAAUGAUACAGCACAUCAGACCAUAGAUAGUCUCACAUCAAAACAGACUAAUGUAUCUUUGAAUUUGGACGCUGAUAAGGCUGCGUCAACUAACGAAACAGCUAAUUUCAGUUCAAUAUCAGUGUCCACGUUUUCCAACGGAUCUUCAGUCCUGAAUUCAGGAGAUGCAAAAGAAAACACCAAAUUCGCAGCAUCUGAGAUAGCCUCCCAAUCUGUGUCUUCUGAAGCAGCCGUUCCAUCAUCUGAUGGUGUCAAAGUUAUAGAGUCAUCAGAUGGACCUAUUGAUGCUGGGGAACAAGGGGCUACAGAUAAAUCUUCAAAAGUACAGGCUGACCACAACGUAAUCACAGGAUCAAUAUCAACAACUGCUAAGGAUGCAACAGUAGUAACAUCUUACCAAAAUAGUACUACUGAAGAAAUAUCUGGAAAACAUGAAAGGAACGCAUCCAAUGUAACCAAAACCAUCGAGACAUCAACAGAACCAGAUAUUGAACACAAUACUGAAUCUAUUCGGACUAUAGCAAAAGAACGAGCAACAAAUUUGGGAUCAAAUAGCUCCACUGUAAAACCUCCGUCUAGUAGAUCUUCAAAUGCGGAUGACCUUGCAGCUAAAAAUGAACGCAGUCAUGUCAAAUCUUCGGCUAGUAAAAGCUCAUCGUCAAGCCGAAAGCGAUCUGAUAGGGCAGAUGCUGGCGGAAACAAAUCAGUGAAACAAGCACCAGUCGGAAACAGUCAAGCCAAACAAGCACCAGUUGGAAACAGUCCAGCUGAAAACAGUGCCCGUGCAGCAGAAUUCAGUGGAAACAUGUCUGAACAUAGAAAAUAA